AUGUCAACCGGUAACGAGGCUGCGGCCCCGUCGAGCGCCACCGAUGCGGUUUUGAAGCCCUCCGAGCCGGUGCCUGCAGAUGCGAGAGAAGUCCAAGGUAUCGACUUCAACCAGUAUGUAAACCGCAGUAUUACUGUGGAGGAGCUCAUCGGAGGAUACUUAAACAUGGGAUUCCAGGCAACAUCUGUCGGAGAGGCAGUGCGGAUCAUAAACGGCAUGCGCGCAUGGAAGGACCCGGAGACCAAUGAGAGCACGACCAUCUUCCUAGGCUACACGUCCAACUUGAUCUCUUCCGGCUUGCGGGAAACACUGCGGUACCUUGUGCAACACAAACACGUCUCUGCCAUCGUCACAACAGCCGGCGGUGUCGAAGAAGACUUCAUAAAAUGCCUCGCACCCACCUAUCUCGGUGCGUUCUCUACCCCUGGUGCCGGCCUGCGCGCCAAGGGCAUGAACAGAAUAGGUAACCUUGUCGUCCCAAACAGCAACUAUUGUGCGUUCGAGGACUGGGUCGUACCCAUCCUCGACAAGUUACUUGAGGAGCAGGAGGCGAGCAAGAAGACGGAAGAGCCAAUGCACUGGACGCCCAGCAAGAUCAUCCACCGACUGGGCAAAGAAAUCAACGACGAGCGAUCUGUCUAUUACUGGGCAUGGAAGAACGACAUCCCUGUGUUCUGUCCGGCUCUGACCGAUGGCAGUCUUGGCGACAUGCUGUACUUCCACACAUUCAAGGCGUCACCUGAAUGCCUGCGAGUCGACAUCGUUGAGGACAUCCGCAAGAUCAACACCAUUGCAGUGCGAGCGAAGAGGACGGGCAUGAUUGUGCUCGGUGGAGGCAUCGUUAAGCACCACAUCGCGAACGCCAACUUGAUGCGCAAUGGAGCUGAGAGCGCUGUGUACGUCAACACGGCCCAGGAGUUCGACGGCAGUGACGCGGGAGCGCGUCCAGACGAGGCCGUCAGCUGGGGCAAGAUCAAACUGGACGGCGAAAGCGUGAAGGUUUAUGCAGAGGCCACCGUGGUAUUCCCACUCAUAGUGGCUGCGACAUUCGCGACGACUGACGUAGACAUGAGCGCCUCAGCUGCGACACUGCCGCCUACGGGCCAGCGACACGACCGGGAAGAUGCAGAGAUGCACGAUGGAGAAGGUCUGACAAAUGGACAAGUAGAAGCAGAGCCGGAGUCCACACCGCCUGUUCGGGCUUCUGCGGACGCCGUUGCCGUUGAAGUCGAAGUUCUCGAUGAAGACUUCAUGGAUACAACCCCAGACACAGACCAGCAGCUCGUGCUACCAGACGGCUCAGCUGGUCAUCACGAUAACUCUACAUCACAGUCGCGCUUGCGCACGUCAAAUAGCGCUGCUAGAUAUGAGGUGGACAGCACUGUGCAGACCGAUUCUGCCGCUGCUGCAGAUGAUACGGUGAGUGACGAUCACAGUGAGCUGCGGUCAGUGACUAAUUACUACGCAAUGCAGACUGGGGCCCCUCCCACGACCGCUCCUCCUCCUCUCUUCCACCCAGACUUUAAUCCUCCACCGCCUCCACCGCCUCCUGUCGAGCCCGCGCGAUCGGAUUCCGAGUCCUCUGACGAUGAAGAUGACUUGCACCCAUGGCACCCCAUACAAGAGGACAUCUCCUCACCAGAUGAGAUCGAGCUGAAGGAGAUCGAAGCUUCUACAGAACACAGCGCUCUGGAUCAUGAGUACUGGGAAAGUCGUGCGUUCCUGCCGGUGGACGAGCCAGAAUACACGGUGGGCGUCAGCGGGCGGAUCGAUUGGACCGUCAAUGGCUACAACGGAACACAAGAACAACCGAACCGCGAGAUCGUCAUGAAGUCAGACAUUGUCACCAUUGGCGGUCACCAGUGGCAGAUCAAGUUCUAUCCAAAAGGCAAUGACUCCGACUAUCUAAGCGUGUAUCUCGAAUGCCUCAGCGUCAUUGACCCCUCUUCGAAGAAGAAAGGCGGCCGUGUGGACUCGGUGGCUAAAGACAGGUUUGUGGAGGGGACGAGUGAGGGUGCAACAGCAGAUCCUCCAGCGGAGACGCCUGCCGCCGAACAUCAAUACACACCCUUGCCGCUCUUGGACUCUAAACAGCUGCCAAAACGGAAGAGCGUAGCAGCUCAAGUCUCAGUCGUCAUGUACAACCCUACCGAACCCCGCGUCAAUUACUCCAGGACGGCAUUGCAUCGCUUCUGCAACGGCUCGCCUGACUGGGGGUGGACACGUUUCCAUGGCCCGUACUACGAUAUAUCGCAUCGCCUUAGGGGUCAGCGCCAAGCUCUUCUUCGCGACGAUAAGCUUGCGUUCACUGGCUACGUUCGAAUUAUCGAAGAUGAGACCGAUUGCCUAUGGGAACACCACAGUCGAGAGAACCCGUGGGACAGCUUCGCAAUGACUGGUCUACAAGGAUUGAUGCUUUGUGAAGAUGCCAGCGCUCCUGGUGGGAACAUGAUUUCAGCGAUCGCAUCAUGGGUUCUGUUUAGACCUUUCAGGAAGCUUAUAUACAGCGCUCACGCGCCCGAUCCGGAAGAGGAGCCAUUCGCACAUCCUAAGCCACUUCUGAGCGCUUUGAAGAAGAUUCUCUACAUGCUCCGGACACAAGUAGACCCUGGAGCUGGUGCAGUGGCACUAGACGAUGUGCUCGAUGCUCUUGAAUGGUACGGCAUUCAUGAACGUAUCGACAAGCUCGAUGUGAUCGAAACGUUGGAGGUGUUGCGUGCGAAGCUUGAGGAAGAGCUGCAGGAUUCACCGGAGGCAGCCACUUUCGCCGCCAUUUGUGGACCGAAGCGCAACCACAGCGUUAGUAGUCCGAGUUACAGGGUGCCAGUUAUCGGCGUUGACAGCAUGCAAAAUGCGAUUGACAAGUCGACUGAUUUUGUGUCGACUACGCAGGAGUUGCCUCGGCUGCUGACAAUCGAGCUCGAGCGACAAGAGUUCGACCUCAAGUCACGGUCGUACGUGAAGCUGCUCAACAAAGUCUCUCUCGACGAUCAUGUUUGCGUCAAAGGCGUGCGGUACACACUGUAUGGAUUUGUGGUCCACAAACAGACCCUGCAGUCCUACUCGGACAGCAAAGACGAAAAUCAUGUUAAGUGUCUUACCAAGAAGGAGGCUGUUGAUGCCCAUGAGGGCAAAAUCGGCUCUGGCAGGCUUGAAGGCAACGACCCUGUAGCAUAUAUCGCCCUCUACGUUCGUGACGACACGGCUGAUUUUGCAUUCAUGGGGCGCGCCGACUCUGAGUCGUGGGAGGUACCUCCGUGGAUUCAGGCUGAUGUAGAGAGGACAAGAAGCUCAAGCAUCCGGGAUCCAUUGCCACCUCCGCCACCAAUUGGUGAACCUGCUGUGGUGGACGACAGCGCGGAUCGAUUUAUGCACAGGCAAUGUCAGGAAACGCCAGAGAUGGCUGAGUUUCAGGUCAUCGAUUCUCGUGCCUUCCUUCAGCACGAGGGUCCUGGCUUUUUCGAGGCCUAUGACCCGAAGUGGUCUACGAAUGAUGUCAAGUAUGUACACUCCGUCCAGCUGUCACGCAAAGACAACUGCGAUGACAUUCGCAGUAAGAUUGCGUCAGUUAUCAAAGACGUUAAGGAUCCUCGACAAGUCAAGUUCUGGUUCUUAGAUCCGCUGCGAGGCUCCCAGGGUCGCCCCCACCUGUCGACCACUGGUAAGAUAGUGUACUCCAGUGGCAGUUACGAUCAGUACCUGGAGCUGAAGAGGUGGGACUUUGAUCGGUCGAACUUCGCAUGCCGCCGUGUGUGGACUCACCUUGUGGAUCUUGCCGAUCUUCCAGCACUCCCUCAAGAAGUAGAGAAGGUUCAAGAGACCGUUGAGGAGCCUUCAGCAUCGAUGGACGAUAACAUCGUCGUGACCGAUGCUGCGCCUGAGGUUGAAGAUGCCGCGGAGAUCGCACGUUCUGAAGACACACCAAUGAGUGAACUUGACGAGCCGGGGCCGGAGCCGGAGCUAAUAGUGUAUGUGCAGUCGAGACCUCAGACACCAACUACGAUUCCCCUUGUGGAAGCUGGAGGCAACCCUGCAAUAGGAGAUGAUGUUCUCAACGAGCCAGAACCUACUGAAAUUCGAGUUCAGACGCCUCCAACAGUACAUGACGACACGGAGAUGGGCGGUACACGCGAUGAUCUUCCGCCCCCACCACCUCCUCCGGCUGAUCUACUUACAGAAUUUAUGCCACCGCCACCGCCGCCCGCAGAUCGUGCACCCAGCCCUGAGCCUCCAGCUGAUGAGAUCUAUUUCUUCCUGAAGUUCUUCAACCCCGAAAAGCAGGCUGUUGAGGCACGCGGUACAUACAUUGUCAAAAAGUCUGCCAGGGUAGACGAGACGCUCGUCACCUGCCUUGGCUUGUCUAUGGAGGACAAGAAGAAGAUUGACAUAUGGGAAGAAGAGGAGCUUAACACCCUUCGAUCCAUUAAGAACCGUCGUUCCUUCCUCCAAGUCGACUUGCACAACACCUCGGUCAUCAUAGUUGCAAUGCCACAGACGAGUGAACAGCGCAACGCCCUCGCAGCUCGCGCUGCCUUCGCCGACCUGCGCUCAUUCCUCACCUACCGUGCUUUUGCCCGCAACUUCCCGUUCCAUCUCAACGGUUACUUCACAUACAACUACUUCUCUUCUGAAUACUAUAGGGGUGAGAUCAAGAAUGGCCACCGUCACGGACAUGGAAAGAUGUUCUACCACAGUGGUGCUACCUACGAAGGAAGCUUUCAGCUCGACCAGCGCCACGGUCACGGACUCUACACCUACCAGAACGGUGACAUCUACGAUGGCGAUUGGGUCGAGAAUCAGCAGCACGGCUCCGGCACUUUCGUGGAAGCAGCGACAGGCAAUACCUACGUUGGUGGCUGGAAAAAUGACAAGAAGUUUGGCGAGGGUGUAACGCACUGGAAAAACGCACAAGAGGAAGAGCGUCUCUGCCGCAUCUGCUGGGAAGAUGCCGCAGAUGCAGCUUUUUACGACUGCGGACACGUGGUGGCCUGUUUGCAGUGUGCGAAGGAAGUACAGAACUGCCCGGUAUGCCGGAAGAGGGUCCUCUGUGCGAUGAAGCUCUACUACGUGGCAUAG